AUGAAGACAGACACGACCAAGCUGAUCGAGAAGAUGCUGCGCACUCCCAAGUGUUCUCGGUGCCGGAACCACGGCUUCCUGGUGCCAGUCAAGGGCCACGCGGGCAAGUGCCGCUGGAAGCAAUGCACCUGCGAGAAAUGCUACUUGAUCAGCGAACGCCAGAAGAUAAUGGCUGCACAGAAAGUGCUCAAGAAGCAGUCUGCCGAGGAGGAGCAGGAGAUGGCCGUUUGCACUCGACAGGGGCCUGACCCAGCCACUGGGGCCGCGGCUGCCACCCCGGGCUCCAGCCUCUGCUCGCUGCAGCCCGCCGCUUCGGGGCCCUCGGAGCUCAGACCCCACGGCCGCACGGCCUCCAGCUUUCCUGAGAGGCCCCCGCGGGGUCCGAGCCCAGGCCCUAGUGCUUUCCACCCGGUUGUGAGUAGCCGUGGCCACGUGGGGCCGAGCGAAGGUGCAGCGAUGGCCAGCUCUGUAGGGCCGGCUCUGGAGACGGAGGCCGUGGGCAGGGGAUGUCCCGCCAACCAGGACUUGCGCCGGCCUUUUAGGCUGGUGCCCAACCCGCCCUACGCUGAUUUCGGGCGCCCAAUGAGCAUGAAUUCUGAUGGUGUGGAGUCUGAGUACCUAGAGAGAGAGCCUUCCAAGCUGUACCCCAGUGGCUGUAGUGUGCAGCCCUACCGCCCAUUCCCACUGGGCUACCAGGAUGUGCCCCCCGCCCCGGGGAUCCCUCUGCAGCAAAGCUUCCGGCAUGUGUCCUGCAACUCCUGCUGUGGAGGAGGCUUGAUGUCGGAACCAAUAAGAAGCUACCAUUCCAACUACUACCCUCCUAUGCCACCGCCUCAGCCCCAGUUCCUCCCUACGGGCUUCCUCUCUGCACUUCAUUUUCUCUCACCACGGCCGCCGCCGCCGCUGCCGGUCUACGAGUAA